UUGCUUGGUGAAUACGCUGGUCGGUCCAGCUUUUGUGGGAGGCUGCUCGGACAUCGAACCAGAGCGUGGGCUUAUAAAACGAGGAAGAACGACGGUUUGCUGCUUCACAGCGGUUCGGAUUUUCGAAAGACCCAUCAAGAAUCACAAAGUUCUCCUCAGAAAAUGAGCUCCGGGGAUGAGAACAUCAUCUUGAAUCCCAGAUUCGAGGACGGGUUGAGCAAUUGGGCCGAACGAGGCUGCAAGAUUGCCUUGCACGAUUCGAUCGAUGGGAAGGUCUUCCCGCAGUCUGGAAAGUACUUUGCCGCCGCGACAAGCCGAACUCAGAGCUGGAACGGGAUUCAGCAGGAUAUUACGGGAAGAGCGCGAAGGAAGCGCGCCUAUGAAGUCAAUGCCUUGGUCAGGAUUUAUGGCAGAAACGCCACCACUAGUACCGUGCAGGUCACUCUUUAUGUUCAAUUGCCGGAUCUCCGCGAGCAGUACCUAAGCAUAGCAAAUGUGCAGGCAACUGACAAGGAUUGGGUGCAAUUGCGUGGGAAAUUCCUUAUAAAUAAUUCUCCUUCCAAAAUAAUCCUCUAUUUCGAAGGUCCGCCCGCAGGCACUGACAUUCUCGUGAAUUAUUGCCUUGUAAAGCAUGCGGCGAAGCCCCCUCCUUCUCCUCCACCCGUCAUUGAGGAUCCAGAGUUUGGAGUAAACAUCGUAGCAAACAGCAAUCUAGAUGAUGAUACUAAUGGGUGGUUCCCACUUGGCAACUGCAAUUUGAGUGUUCAAACAGGCUCGCCUCAUGUCCUCCCUCCAAUGGCGAGAGGUUCCCUUGGGCCUCACAAGCCACUGAGCGGUCGUUACAUCCUUGUGACCGGUCGGACGCAGACUUGGAUGGGCCCUGCCCAGAUUAUCACAGAUAAGCUCAAGCUCUACUUGACAUACCAAGUAUCUGCGUGGGUUCGUGUUGGCGCCACAGCUUUUGGCCCUCAGAUCGUGAAUGUAGCUCUUAGUGUCGAUGACCAGUGGGUGAAUGGGGGACAAGUCGACGCCAGUGACGAUGGAUGGCAUGAGAUAGGCGGGUCGUUCAGGCUCGAGAAGCAACCAUCCAAGGUCAUGGUUUACAUCCAAGGCCCCUCUCCAAAUGUUAACUUGAUGGUCGCAGGGCUCCAGAUAUUUCCAGUCGAUCGAUGCGCGAGAUUUAGAUGCUUGGAUGUGCAAAUCGAUAUGAUUCGAAAGCGCGACGUGAUCCUAAAUUUCACGGCCUCGGAAUUGAGCGGCUUGCUCGGCGCCAUCGUGAUCGUCAAGCAGAGAGACAACAGUUUCCCCCUCGGAUCGUGCAUAAACAGGACGAACUUGGACAAUGAGGAUUUCGUGGACUUCUUCGUGAAGCACUUCAAUUGGGCUGUGUUUGGGAACGAGCUCAAGUGGUACUGGACCGAGCCGCAGCAAGGGAACUUAAACUACCGUGACGCGGAUGAAAUGCUGGCCUUCUGUGACAAGAACGGGAAGCAGACCCGGGGACACUGCAUCUUCUGGGAAGUGGAAGGCCAAGUCCAGCCAUGGGUCCGGGCCCUGAACCGUAACGACCUGACGAAGGCGGUCCAGAACCGCCUGACCGGGCUCUUGACCCGGUACAAGGGAAGGUUCCAGCACUACGAUGUGAACAAUGAGAUGCUGCACGGAUCGUUCUAUCAGGACAGGCUCGGUAAGGGCAUCCGGGCGACCAUGUUUAGUACAGCGCACCAGCUUGACCCGUCGGCUCAGCUAUUCGUCAAUGACUAUCACGUGGAGGACGGGGGGGAUGCCAAGUCGUCGCCAGAGAAGUAUGCACAGCACGUGCUCGAUCUACAGAAGCAAAACGCGCCUGUCGGGGGCAUAGGAAUCCAAGGGCACAUAGAUAGUCCUGUUGGGUCCAUUGUCUGUUCUGCACUGGACAAGUUAGCCGCGGUUGGACUGCCUAUUUGGUUCACCGAGCUGGAUGUGUCGUCAAACAACGAGUAUGUUAGGGCGGACGAUCUAGAGGUCAUGCUUCGAGAGGCCUUCGCGCACCCCGCAGUGGAGGGCGUGAUGUUGUGGGGCUUCUGGGAGCUGUUCAUGAGCCGAGAGAACGCACAUUUGGUCGAUGCAGAAGGGGAAGUGAACGAGACCGGCAAGAGGCUGCUCGGCCUCAAGAAGGAGUGGCUGUCUCGAGCUCACGGGCUGGUCGAAGAGGAGUGCAAGUUUGGCUUCCGGGGAUUCUACGGGACGUACGACGUCGAGAUCAUCACGGCGUGCAAGAAGGUUUGCAAGACGAUUGUUGUGGACAAGGGUGACGGGCCAUUGGAGGUGUCCAUCGAUUUGUGAAUGCUGAUGAUGUCCAAAUUGAUUUGUUUGUUUGUUGCUCUGGAGAUUACCAGACAGAGCACUGCACCAGUACUCAUGUACUUUGUCUACGAAGAUUGUCUGAAUUGAAAUGAUUCAAUUACUUCUUAAUUGGAUCUUGAAUAAUAAAAAUAAAAGGUAUUUCAUUAUUUUACUUCUUAAA